AUGGGGGGGAAACAGAGCACGGCGGGGCGGUCCCGCGGUGCUUUUCCCGGCGUUUCUACGGAUGACAGCGCGGUACCGCCGUCGGCCCACUUCGGCCACUACCGGUCGGGCGGCACCAUGGGCCUGCGGAGCCGCUCGGUGAGCUCCGUGGCCGCGAUGGCUAUCGAGCAAACACCCACGGUGCCCUUCGGCUUUUACACUCCGAGAGGCACGGACUCAGAUCGAGCCGGAGGAGGGUCAGGGGGCACUCCUGCCGCCUCUCACGGAACAGGCUAUCAGGACGGUGGCGGCGGACGGCAUCACGCAGACGGGGUGCUCUAUUUGGGGUCCCGGGGGUCGCUGGCUGACACCUUACCCCUGCACAUCGCUCCCCGCUGGUUCAGUGCUCACAGCGGAUUCAAGUGUCCUGUCUGCUCCAAAUCUGUGGCGUCGAGUGAAAUGGAAGUUCACUUCAUCAUGUGUCUGAGCAAGCCUCGACUGUCAUACAAUGAUGAUGUGUUGGCGAGGGAUGCUGGUGAGUGUGUGAUCUGUCUUGAAGAACUGCAGCAAGGAGACACUAUAGCCAGACUGCCGUGCCUCUGUAUCUACCACAAAAGCUGUAUAGACUCGUGGUUCGAGAUCAACCGGUCCUGCCCUGAACACCCGUCUGACUGA